UUUUCCCCCUCCUCCGUCUUCCUGUUUUCUCACUCUCUGUUUCUUCCCUGGCUGCUCUCAAGACAUUGCUCCCAUCCGGAAAAACUUUUUUACCAGAGCCUCCGGCUUCAGGGACUGUCACUGUCUAUGUGCAUGCCUACAUCUGUCUGCGAAAGCUUUCUCUUUGUUUCUUUUCUCCCUCUAGCUGACUGCUUUUUUUGUGUCUCCUCAUCCGUUCGUUCAUCAUCAUUUCUCGCAUUCCAGUCUGCCUUUCUUUUCGUUUUUUUCUUUCUUUAGCCAGUUUAAUUUUUCUGGUAGGUAAUAACAUUCUAAGCAUAGAAAUCUACAUUUGAUCUUAGAAGCAGGUAUAAUCUAACAUUUUUCAUUCUAUGGGACAAUAUAUUGCGUAUUGUAGCGGAUAUGUAGGAGAUAACAUUUUGAGCAUCUGUCCAGAAAGUAUAAUUAGGCGACUCACUUACACUAUGCACAAGUAUACAUAGGAUUGUCCUGUAGCACAGCUUUCCUACUACCAAGUGGAUGGUAAAUUCUUUGUCGUGGACGCUGUCCUAUUCCGGAUGAGGUAAUCAUGAGAGGUAACAGGCAAUAAUAAGCAGUGACAGUAAAGUGUCAAACGGACAAGGCUAAAUACACAUAGACAACACACAGGGACACUUUCUGUAAUUUCAGCAUGGCUCCAGCACGUUUCUAUCCUACAUUUUCUAUCCUGAUCCUCUGGUUGGGAACAUUUGUUUGUUACUUUUCUCCGGCUGCAUCGCGUGAGCGCUUCAAGGUGGUCUUUGCCCCAGUAGUAUGUCAAAGGACAUGUCACAAAGGCUAUUGUCAUGACGUCUGCAAACCUGGGAGCAACAUGACGCUGAUAGCUGAGAAUGGAGGUUCCACAGACACGCUGACAGGAUCUGGAUUUAGAGUGGUGGUUUGCCCCAUAACAUGUAUGAACGGUGGCCAGUGCUCCUCCAACAAUCACUGUCUAUGCCCUCCGGAAUUCACAGGGAGAUUUUGUCAGUUCCCUGCUGUUCUCGGAGGGGGUGUGGGGCGAAGUCCAAGUGAGGUGAAUGAAGGAGAAGGAAUGGAGGCAUCCUCAGGGAAACAUGCAGUCUACGCUGUGCAAGUUAUUACAGGAGAUGAUGAUUCUGAAGGCAAAGGGGUGAAAAUCAGCCAGUCUGCUCUUACAGUACCACUGGGCCCUGGACACAGUUCUGCGGAAGUUCAGGUCCUUCCACCUCUUUUAAAUGUCCGAGUUCAUCACCCACCUAAUGCAUCCAUACAAGUUCAUCGUAUUGAGGGACUUGGAGCUGAAGGAACAGCAGGAGGUGGUAGCCAACACUUACUAGCUCAUCCCGAAGGAAAUAAGGCAGCACCAUCCCGACCUGUCACCUACAAACCUCUAGGACGAUGUUUUCAAGACACCCUACCUAAACAAGCUUGUGGCUCUAACCCUCUACCUGGACUGACCAAGGAAGAAGAUUGUUGUGGCAGUGUGGGAACAUCUUGGGGACACCACAAAUGUAAUAAAUGCCCCCAGUUACCAUAUUCUGGCACACAGAAAACUGCACCAUUCCGAGGAGAACUUGGUUCAGAUUGUCCACAGGGCUAUAAAAGACUCAACAGCACUCAUUGCCAGGAUAUAAAUGAGUGCAGCAUGCAAGCAGUAUGCCAAAAUGGAGAUUGUCUGAAUACACAAGGAAGCUUCAGAUGUGUGUGUAAACAUGGCUAUGUCUUCAUCUCUUCACAGAUGCGCUGUACACAAGAGAAGUCUGAUGUAAAAAGUCUGUGCUACAGACUUAUAGGCCAAGAAGGCCAGUGUCAGCACCCAAUUUCGAUUUGGAUGACUCAGCAACUAUGCUGCUGUAGUGUCGGAAAGGCUUGGGGUCCUCAAUGUGAAGCAUGUCCUGCUGAAGGAACAGCAUCUUUUGCCGAGAUAUGCCCAGCUGGGAAAGGCUAUCACAUCUUUAGUACUCAUCAUACUUUUAUGAUUCAGGGUCAAAGUGAAAUCACUCUCCAUUUGCAACCAGAUUUAGGGGAUCAGCAGGCUAUUCCACCUCCAAACAUCCCAGAAUUUCCUCCACCUCAAAAGAUACCAGAACUCGAUUCUAAUGAAGGGCAACGUGAAGUAACUGAAUCUAUGCUUCCUGUAUUCAUCACAAAAGCAGAAGAAACUAUGUCUUUGCCAUCUCUUUUUCCACCAGAGCCUGCACUUGUUUUGAAACCCACAACUGUGGCUGUCCGAAAAAUACCUGCCGAAUAUGACACACGAAGUGCUGCUGAAAUUGCUCCUACACAACUAACAGAAACUGAUGAAUGCAAAAUGAUAAGAAACCUAUGUGGACAUGGAGAAUGCGUCUCAACUCCCGCAGGGUUCUACUGCAUUUGUAAUCCUGGAUACUAUCCAGAUCCUGAGAAGAGGGUUUGUGUAGAUAUUGAUGAAUGUAAGAAUGAACCUUGUGGUCCUGGAAAGGGGUUGUGUCUGAAUACGGCUGGAUCAUUUAACUGUCAUUGUCAUCAUGGAUACAGGCUAAAUGUAUCGCAUGGACAAAGAUCUUGUGUGGAUGUUGAUGAGUGUUCACGAUCUGGAACAUGUGGUGACCCACGUAGUUGUGUUAAUUUUCCGGGACACUACAAAUGCGAAUGUCAAAUCGGAUACAAAAUAAAAAGCAGAAGACCAUUUUUAUGCGAAGACAUCAACGAGUGUAUAACACAACAGCAAUGUCUUGGAGGACAAUGUGUAAACACUCCAGGCUCCUUCCGAUGUCUCUGUCCUGAAGGCUACAGACUAUAUAACAAAGGAAACCAACAGAUGUGUCAAGAUAUAGAUGAGUGUUCACUAUUCCCACAAAUCUGCGCCCCUCAUGGCAAGUGUGAGAAUUUGGAUAGAUCAUAUAAGUGCAUCUGUGACACUGGCUAUGCACCUAGUGAAGACCAGAAGAGAUGUGAAGAGGUUUCUCGUGGGUCAGUUCUCAAAGACUGCUUCUUAAGUCUGGAUGACACCCUGUUCUGUGACAGUGUUCUUGCUGUGAAUGUCACACGAGAGCAGUGUUGCUGUUCCUUGGGUGCAGGAUGGGGAGACCACUGUGAGAUCUAUCCCUGUCCUGUGCACAGCUCAGCUGAGUUUCUAUCACUUUGCCCAGAUGGUAUUGGCUUCAUUGUUGACCUUGGCAUUAUGAGUUAUGGUAUUCCCACAUAUCGCGACAUCGAUGAAUGUGAGUUAUUUGGACAAGAAAUUUGCAAGGAAGGAAAGUGUGUGAAUACACAACCCAGCUAUGAAUGUUACUGCAAACAUGGGUAUUAUUAUGAUACCCGAUUACUACAAUGCAUGGAUGUAGAUGAGUGCGUAGACGAGUCAAACUGCAUAAAUGGCCAGUGCAUUAACACUCGAGGCUCUUUUUAUUGCCGCUGCCCUCUUCAUAUGCAAUACCAUGCUGAACACAAGCGAUGUAUGCCCAAUCCUGAACCAGAUCGCACUGAAUCCCUGGACAUCUGCUGGCAGAUACGAGGUACAGAUGGAAUUUGUUCUCAUCAAAUGAAUGUCCCUCAGUUAUCACUGAAUGAAUGCUGCUGUCGACAAGGUCAAGGUUGGGGUCCUAGAUGUCUCUCCUGCCCACCCAGGCAUGCUCUGGCCUGCUCAGUCUCGCACAGUGGGGCUAACUCAUUCUGGGAGUUCAGUGCACAUCAUGUAAAAAGAAAGUCACGCAGAGAUGGUGAGAGCUCAGAAGAGCUCUCGGAGGAGUGUCAUUGUGUCAAUGGCCGUUGUGUUAGAGGUCCUCAUGGUGUCUCAUGUGAGUGCCAGAGUGGCUUCCAAUUGGACAUAACUAGAACACGCUGCAAUGAUCUGGAUGAAUGCAGACAAAAGAAUCCAAGAGGAGCUCUCUGCAAAAACAGCCGUUGUAUUAACACAAGAGGGUCAUUCCGAUGUGAAUGUAAAGCAGGUUACACGCGCUAUCGUCAUCCUCACAUAUGUGUGCCACAACAGAGGAAAAGAUAGAAUGAUCUCUCAGUCACUAGAUCAUUACCGGUAUGCGACCAGUACAGAUGAGCCAUCACAAAAGCUCCAUGAUGGAAAACGAGAUGUGAUGUGAAUUAAAGUAUUGAGAAACAUGUUCUUUGUGGUAAAUCUUUGUCUAGCAAUUAAGUAGUUUAUUAAAUUCAUACUCAUAUUGUCUGGAUAUUUAUGAAAAGGGGACCUAUAAGCGCCCCUCUUGUACAGGCACCUGUGUACAAGCAGUAGGGACCAUUACAAGAGUGUCUAUAUAUAUGUAUAUAGCUGUAUACAGGGGCAGAAGAAAUGCUAUCUGGAUGCUUGGGGUGAUUUGGGAUUAGGGUUUUUCUGUCAUCUACAUUCUAAUGUAUAUAUACAUUUACAUUAUUUAAAGGCUUUUUCAGAUAAACCCAUUUCAAUGGCAAAUGCACUUUGAAGGUAUGUGUACCAAAUGUGGAUGUCCACUUACAAUAAAUAGCUUGGGGAGAAUGGAUAAAUACUAUGCAGCAAUGGCACAUCUCAGUUUCCCCAAUUCAGCUUUUCAAGACUUGUCAAAUAACAAGGAACCCCUUGUCAAAUUAUAUGUUCAGUUUAAGGGGUUGUCUGCUUUUUUUUUUUUUUUUAAUGAAGACCUAUCCUCAGGAUAGGUCAUCAAUAUCAUAUUGGUGGAGGUCUGGCUGUUUGAAGAGAAAGCAGUGCUGGUACAAGC